AUGGAUGACUGUCUCCAUGGAACUGAUUCAGUGGAGACUGCUCAACAUCUACAAACAGAGCUACAGCAGUUGCUGCAACGAGGAGGUUUCAUGUUAAGAAAAUGGAACUCAAAUUCUGACGAGUUUCUACAAGGUAUUAACAUGACUGAGGAGUUAAGUGACAGUUGCUGCGAACUAAAUUUGGAUCGAGAAACAAAAGCGCUUGGCAUUUAUUGGUUUUGUCAGAGUGAUUGCAUAGGCUAUAAGGUGAACGUCACCAAAGUUUCAUCAGCAAUCACAAAACGUCAGCAACUGUCCUAUGUUGCCAAAAUUUAUGACCCAACUUGUCUUCUGGCUCCAGUAGUAAUUACUGGAAAAAUAACCUGUCAACAACUUUGGCUGUGUGGUAUAUCUUGGGACGAUCCACUUCCAGAGCCGCACCAGAAAACUGGGUUAAAUUUCGUGAAGAGCUUCCGCUGA